AUGAAUUGUUUUCAUUACGGUUCUGUGAAUUCCUUUAAAGCUAGGAUAAUAAAUUAUUUACAUCGGCACGGCAAUGUAUCCCUCUAUCAACACGAAGCAUAUAUUCCAGUGAAUUAUCGAUUUCCCCAAUGUCAACGACAGGAGAAACCGGAAGAAGUGAUUCCAAGGGAUCACUUCAAAAAAUCACAUUGUGAUGCUUUGUUCAUUGUUGAGAAGAACAUUCGGAAACUAUUAACACCAAAUGAACAAACCACACAUCAACGUACCAUAUCAAAACUUAAUGAUUACCGUCUAAAGUUCUUUCACGUUCAUCAUAUACAAUCGUAUAUGGAUAUGUCUGCAUGCUUUCGUUGA